GGGGAUUAACUUUUCCCGAUUGGCAAAAAGACGAUGACGAUCUCGAUAUGUUCGCGUGCUUGCAGACAACCUUCCGGUGAAUGGUGUGAUGAGGAUGAGAUAUUAUUGCAAUGAAUGGUGACCAGGCGUGAGAGAGUCAUUAAACCUCGCGGCCAUUGCAAGAACUCCAGUUAUUUACCAUGCGACGCUCCAACAAGUUCACGUGCUUGCUCUUGUCUGUGAUAGUCCUUCCAUUCUGCUCAAGCAGCGACACUAUAACAGCAAGCACAGUGAGCAGGAUCACGUACCAGGGAAAUGACACUCUCGUGUCCGCCGGCAAGCAGUUCGAGCUCGGCUUCUUCAAGCCGAACGGGAGCUCCGACUCAAGGACGUACGUUGGAAUUUGGUAUUACAGGUCAAACCCUCGGAUCAUCGUUUGGGUCGCCAACCGUGAUGGCCCGCUUGUGGGCCGCACGGGGUCGUUCGGCCUCAUGGACGGCAACCUGCAGUUGUGGGAUGAAGGACGACCGAUCUGGUGGACCAAUGUCACGAGUUCAAGCUCUUUGACCCGGUUUGCGAAGCUUCUUGAUACAGGGAAUCUGGUGCUGAUGGAAGACGAUGGAAGCGAGAGCAUUUCAUGGCGGAGCUUCGAUAACCCGACCGACACGUUCCUUCCUGGGAUGCGGAUGACCGAAGACUUCAAGUUGACUUCUUGGGCAAGCCAGGAUGACCCGGAACCGGGCAACUUCAUGUUCCGGAGGGAUCAAGAAGGCGACCCCAGCAAGUAUGAAGUGAUCCGGAACCUGUCUCCUUACUGGAAAAGUGGGGUCUAUGGCAAGUUCAUACAAGCCGAUGAGGUGUUCGAUUCCAUCUCUGUCUUGCUCUCCAAUUUCACCACGACCACUAUUCCGAGCGGGGCUUACCAAAGAAUAGUCAAUGAAUCCAGCAAAGCCCGGUUGGUCAUGAACUAUGAUGGCCAGAUUCAAUACUUCAGGCGGGGAAACGGGUCGACGCCGGUCUGGUCCCAGCCGAUGGGCCGAUGUAGUGAGUUCAUUGCGUGCAAUAAGUUCCAGAGCUGCAACGGUAUGAAUAGCAAUGAGACCAUGUGCAGGUGCUUGCCGGGGUUCGAACUGCAUCCUGGGGGGUGCCAGAGGAAGUCGCCGUUAUGCGGGAAGAACAGUACUUUCUUGAUUCUUAAGAUGAUGAAGGCUGGGAAUCCGGACAAUCAGAUUCAGGCAGAUAGCGAGCAAUGUAGGCAAGAGUGCCUCAAAGACUGCUAUUGCCAGGCUUACUCGUUCGAGGAGGAUCAGCACCAAGGGAGAGAGAGCAGCAUCUCGACAUGCUAUACUUGGUCGGAAGAUCUUGACCAUAUGCAGGAGUUUGCCCCGGACGGUCGUAACCUCUAUGUCCGAGUGCAGCUUUCAGACAUAGAAUCUAUUGACAGGAGCUGUGGAACUUGUGGCACUAAUUUAGUCCCCUACCCUUUAAGCAUGGGACAGAGCUGUGGUGAUCCGCUAUACUUUGCAUUUCGCUGCGACAAUAAAACUGCCCAGCUUUACUUUGAACGGGGCAAAAAUGACUACAGAGUCACUAGCAUCACUCCAGAAAAUAGAACAUUUACCAUCCAAGUCAACAAAACGUUCAACUGCAUAGAUAGUGAUCUGAUGGAAAUUAAGCCGCAACUUAACCAGUCCUCGCCAUUUAGUGUGCGCGAUGGGUGUAUCGGAGGAAAGAAUGACUUCAGCACAGGAGUUUCUUCUGGAAGUGUCGAAGUGAAAAUUGAGUGGAGCACUCCGAAAGAGCCUCUCUGCAAUUCGUCCAAAGACUGCAAUUGGUCACAAGCAACUUGCCAGAAUGCAUUAGAUGGAAUGACAAGGUGCCUAUGCAACUCAGGAUUCAGUUGGAAUGCUUUCAGCGCCAAUUGUUCUCUAGAAGGAGGAGGAUCGUCGCAGAAAAGACAGAAAGCGAAACCUGUAUAUAUAAUUGCUCCAGCCAUCGCUGCAAUUUUCAUCCUUGUACUCGGUGGCUUAUUUUACAUGAGAAGGCAGCAUGGUAGUACGCAAGGGAGCAGGGAAAGCGCUCAGGAAAAUCUUGACUUUCGUCUAUACGACAGCGAGAAACGGAUCAAAAUGUGGAUGGAUUCGCGCCAGUUCGAGGAGGAAGAUAAGAAAGGCAUAGAAGUGCCAUUUUUUGACUUUGAAAUUAUUUUACAAGCGACAAAUAACUUCUCAGAUGAGAACAAACUUGGAAGAGGUGGGUUCGGGCCUGUUUACAAGGCUACUUUUCCAGGAGGACAGGAAAUUGCAGUAAAGAGGCUAUCGAGUGGAUCAGGACAGGGCUUAGAGGAAUUUAAGAAUGAAGUCGUCUUGAUUGCCAAAUUACAGCAUCGAAAUCUCGUCAGAUUAGUAGGAUAUUGCGUCAAAAGAGAUGAAAAAAUGUUACUGUAUGAAUACAUGCCCAACAAAAGCUUAGAUUCUUUCAUAUUUGAUCGAACAAGGUGUUCGUUGUUGACCUGGGAGAUACGUUUUGAGAUUAUCUUGGGAAUUGCACGAGGAAUGCUCUAUCUUCACCAGGAUUCUAGGCUGAGAAUCAUUCACAGAGAUCUCAAGACAAGCAACAUUUUGCUCGAUGAGGAGAUGACUCCUAAAAUUUCCGACUUUGGUCUGGCACGUAUAUUUGAGGCGAAACAAACUGAAGCAAGCACGCAAAGGGUGAUCGGAACAUAUGGAUAUAUGUCUCCAGAGUACGCUUUGGAUGGAUUUUUCUCAUUCAAGUCCGAUGUCUUUAGCUUUGGUGUCGUUGCACUGGAGAUUGUUAGUGGGAAACGUAACACGGGCUUCUAUCAGUCUGAAGGAACAAUGAGCCUUCUUACUCAUGCGUGGAAAUUAUGGAAUGACAAUAAAGCACUGGACUUGAUGGAUCAAGUGCUCCACGAAACUUACAACAGAGAUCAAGUUUUGAAGUGCAUAAACGUGGCAUUUUUAUGUGUGCAAGAAGACCCGAGUGAUCGUCCCACGAUGUCAGAUGCAGUUUUCAUGCUUGGUAGUGAAAGUGCGACUCUUCCGGUUCCCAAAAAACCGGCUUUUGCAGUUAGGAUAGGCGUUUCUACAACAGCUUCUUCUUCCAGCAAACCAGAGUCGAGCACGGUGUUAUCGACUACUCUGCAACAAGGACGGUAAUGUCGGAUCUUCCUCGAAUCUAUUCCACAUCUUAGUAUUCAACAGCUUUAGCCAUCAGGCAUUUGUUUAACUAGGAAUGCCUCGAUCUUUACCCCAUGAUAUUCCUUUCUCCUCCGGCAAAAUAAAGUUUACUCUGUUGAUAGCCGAUGCUUCUCCUUGGCCUAAGACUGUACCGUACUAAAAUAGCGAAUCGACUCCUUGAUCACCUUAGGAGAUUCUUCUUGUCAGUUGUAGCACUGCUCCUUCUUAAGAAUAAGUUUCUUGUGCUGCAAUUGAGUUGUAAAAUCAAUUCCCUUUUGGGGCUGUAGUCUCCUAUCAAACUCGCAAUCCACCCCAUUAUAGCAUGAUCCAAAAAUAUCUCACUUUUUGAA